AUGCCCUCCCUCACCCUCCCAACCCACCAAACCGUCGCCCUCGUCCGCUCGCUGGGAGGCCCCGUCGAAUUCGUCGACGACUACCCCGUCAAAUCCCCCGGACAAGACGAAGUCCUCGCCAAAGUGCUCUACACGGGGGUUUGUCAGAGCGAUUUGCACACGAGAGCUGGGACUGCGGCGGGGCCGGAUGGGAAGCCGAUUACGGCUAUCAAGUUGCCGCAUAUCGGCGGCCAUGAAGGCGUGGGAAGAAUCGUAGCCCUCGGACCAGGUCUUGCCCAACGAGAUCCUUCUAUCAAGCUUGGUGGGCUCGUGGGGAUUCGAUUCUCGAGCAGAAUAUGUAGACGGUGCUCUUAUUGCUUGGCCGGCACAGAGCAAUAUUGCCAAGGCGUCGAGGACAUGAAGCCCACGAACCAUCUCCACCACGAGGACGGGAGUUUCCAGGAGUACAUCUGUCUUGAUGCGGGUUACUUGACGCUGUUGCCUCCUGAUGCGGAUCCGGUGUUGACGGCGCCGACGCUUUGUGCGGGUUUGACGGCUUAUAAGGCUACGUUGAAUGCGGAGUUGAAGCCUGGGGAUUCUCUGGUUGUUGUAGGCGCUGGUGGAGGGCUGGGACAGUAUGCUGUCCAGUACGGCCUCGCUCGAGGGGCGAGAGUGAUCGGCGUUGAUACCGGCGAGAAGAAACGACAACUCAUCUCCUCAUUUGGCGCACAAUUCAUCGACUUCAAACAAGUCCCAGACGCCGUUGCCUCCGUCCGCGACCUCACCCACGACGGCGCAGACGCAGUCAUCGUCGCAGCAGGAUCGUCUGGCGCCUUCGCCCAAGCGGCUUCAAUGCUGCGAAUUGGCGGCACCAUGUGUCUCAUCGGAAUUCCACCAGGAGGCGGCCAGAUCUUGACCAGCGUCGCUGAGAUUGUGAUCAAGGGGCUCAAGAUUAAAGGCAAUCUCGUGGGGAGUCUGAAGGAAUGUUUAGAGGCGGUCGAGCAAGUCAACAGUGGUAUUGUCAAGCCAAAGGUGUUUGUGCGUCCUUUCAGGGAUCUGCCGGCUGUGUAUGAGGAGUUGGAGAAGGGUGAUAUCGCUGGGAGGGUGGUGCUGAAGGUUGGUGAUGAUCCUGGACCUAAUCUCGAAUAG